AUGAGCUCCUGGAAGUCCUCCGAGAACAUCAACGGGGUCUAUAUCCCCUCCGCCCUCCUGAUCUUUGGCACUACGCUUGUGAAGAAGGAAUGGGUGCUGUAUGCGACAGCUCUUGCGUUCGUGCUUUCGGCUUGGAAAAUCCUCAGUAACCGGCCGCGGAAGGUUUUGAAACCAACCGAAUUCCAAAAGUUUGUGCUCAAGGACAAAACAGUGGUCUCUCACAAUGUCUGCAUAUAUCGAUUUGCCCUCCCAAAACCGACCGAUAUCCUUGGCCUUCCUAUCGGCCAGCACAUUUCUCUUGCUGCCACUGUCCCCGGCCAAUCGAAAGAAAUCGUGCGCUCCUACACCCCUAUUUCCUCUGACGAUGAUGCCGGCUAUUUUGAUGUCCUCAUCAAGUCCUACCCACAAGGAAACAUCUCCAAGUAUAUGACAACCCUUCGUAUUGGUGACAAUAUGAAAGUGCGUGGUCCAAAGGGAGCUAUGGUAUACACCCCAAACAUGGUCCGUCAUAUGGGUAUGAUUGCUGGAGGUACCGGUAUCACUCCCAUGCUCCAGGUUAUCAAGGCCAUUAUCAAGGGUAGACCCCGAAACGGAGGAAAUGACACGACUGAAAUCGAUUUCAUCUUCGCCAAUGUUAAUCCAGAUGAUAUUCUCCUCAAGGAAGAACUGGACGAGCUCUGCAAAGAGGAUGACAAGUUCCGUGUUCACUACGUGCUCAACAACCCACCGGAGAAGUGGACUGGUGGUGUUGGAUUCGUCACUGCCGACAUGAUCAAGGCCAAGCUCCCUCCCCCAGCAAGUGACAUGAAACUUCUUAUCUGUGGUCCUCCACCCAUGGUCAGCGCCAUGAAGAAGGCCACUGAAUCCUUAGGAUACAAGAAAGCCAACCUUGUCAGCAAGCUUGAAGACCAAGUCUUCUGCUUCUAA